UCAAUAACGCAGAAUGUGGGAGACAACCAGAAACUUUUGAAGGCUACCAACAGUUGACAUUACGUCUUUUUAGACUCCCUGUGGGAUUCUUCUAUAUUUAUAUCCCUCCUCUUCGCUCCUUCUCCUUAUCAUCUCUUCAACUGCUUCUUCUUCGUUAUCUUUCCUUUCGCCCUGUGUUACCAUGGCUGAAUCGGCCUCCGCCGCCCCCCGCAGAAUGUGGUGCUCAGUCCCGGAGCGUCUCCAACUGCACGCCGCCAUGUUGGCCUUGCAGUUCGGUUACGCCGGCUUCCAUGUCGUCUCCAGAGCUGCCCUUAACAUGGGCAUUAGCAAGCUUGUUUUCCCUGUCUACCGCAACAUCAUUGCUCUGCUUCUCCUUCUUCCCUUCGCUUACUUCAUGGAAAAGAAGGAUAGGCCUGGGCUUACCCUUAACUUUCUCCUACAGUUUUUUCUUCUGGCUCUCGUCGGGAUUACAGCCAACCAAGGGUUCUACUUGCUUGGGUUGGACAACACGUCGCCAACCUUUGCAUCGGCUAUACAGAACUCUGUCCCGGCCAUCACUUUUCUGAUGGCAGCCGUACUGAGGAUAGAGCAGGUGAGGCUUAACCGAAAAGAUGGGGUGGCCAAGGUGAUCGGAACCUUGUUCUGUGUUGUCGGUGCCACCGUGAUUACCCUAUACAAGGGUCCUACCAUAUACAGCCCGUCUCCCCCGCUGCACAGUACCUCCACGUCCGCAUUCAAGCCCCUAUUUCCCUCGCUCGGGGAUGCAAAGGCAAAAAACUGGACCCUCGGCUGCAUCUUCCUCAUCGGACACUGCUUGUCCUGGUCUGGCUGGCUAGUCUUGCAAGCACCAGUUCUCAAGAAGUACCCCGCUCGCCUUUCCGUCACAUCUUUCACUUGUUUCUUUGGACUCAUCCAGUUUCUGGUUAUUGCCCUCAUCUUCGAGAGAGACUCGCAGGCUUGGGUUUUUCACUCUGGCGGAGAAGUUUUCACAAUCGUAUACGCGGGAGUGGUGGCAUCAGGAAUAGCCUUCGCUGUACAGAUAUGGUGCAUUGACAGGGGUGGCCCUGUGUUCGUAGCAGUGUAUCAACCGGUUCAAACUCUCGUUGUCGCUAUCAUGGCUUCCGUCGCUUUAGGCGAAGAGUUCUACUUGGGCGGGAUCAUAGGGGCCAUAAUGAUCGUAGCGGGAUUAUACUUGGUGCUGUGGGGUAAAAGCGAAGAAAAGAAGUUCGCGAAGGAACUUCUCGCGAACGCGUCCUCGGCAGAGCACGGCGGCACCGCCAGGCCGGCAAGCCACUCCAAGACCUCCCUCACUCAGCCACUUCUUCCUUCGUCUACGGAUAAUGUCUGAGCCCCAGACUGCCCUGACUUUUAACUGCAGUCUCAAUUUAAUAGCUUUAAUAUGGGGAAAGAAAAAAGAAAAGAGGAAGAAAAAGAAGAAGAAGAAGAAGAAGAAGGGUGGAUAGUAGUAAAACUACUUCCCUGUGUCGGGAAGCUAAGCUUGCUCGUGUAUUAAGGGAACUUGCUUGCCUACGAAUAUGUUUCCUUUUGGUUAUUAAUGCAGAUGAUUUUGUUGUUGAA